CAGCGCCGCGCCGCGCCGCGCCGUUCCUCUGGCAGCGCAGGUGAGCAGAUGAAGGAGGGCGAGGCGUGGAGCCGAAUAGGGGACCUGUUACCGCCGUUGCAAAGUAGCUGGACCCAUGAUGAGAAAAGCGUCUCUGUGUCCGACGACAGCCACUAAGAGGCAGAACGUUUCAAAUUAGCAAGGCAAGGUGGGCCGCGUGUGUGUUCGCUGUACACAGCUCUGCGUGCUGCUCAGGUGAACCUAGAACGCACAACCACGUGCGUCCGAAAUAGCGUUUUUCAGACGAACCCGUCGCGUUUUCUCUGUCCAGGAACUAAGGCCGCGUGCUGACGCCUGCUCGUCAUUGGUCGACUGUCCGCCCCUCAGGCUCCGACCAUCGCCGUGCUGCCAGAUGAAACCAAAUGAGAGAGAGAGAGAGAGAGAGAGAGAGAGAGAGACGCCCUCUCCUCUUCCCAUUCACGCUGCUCGGCGCCGUGGCGAGUUUGCGAGGAGCCUGGGGUCGGACACGUUGCCUCGCGCCUGCGACAGGAAGCCUGGGUUUCCAAAAGUCCCCCGUGGCGGAGUCGGCGUUGGAUGCCCGGGGCGUUCGUGCGCUUUCGCCUUACGACCGAAUUCCCCUGCGAGCCGCUCGUGCGAUGGAGUCCUCCCUCGAGUUUUCCAGCUCCCUGGGCAGUGUGUCCUCACUGCUGACCCGCUGCCGGACCUUCAAGGUGCUGGUGAUCGGAGACUCCGGGGUGGGGAAGACCUGCCUCACGCACCGUCUCUGCGCCGGACAGUUCCCCAGCAGAGUGGAGGCCACCAUCGGGGUGGACUUCCGUGAGAGACUGCUGGACAUUGACGGAGAAAAACUUAAGCUCCAACUGUGGGACACGGCAGGACAGGAGCGCUUUCGAAAGUCCAUGGUGCAGCACUACUACCGAAACGUCCACGCCGUGCUCUUCAUUUAUGAUGUCACCUGCCCUGCCAGCUUCAGCGGCCUGAUUGCCUGGAUUGAAGAGUGCAGGCAGAACUCCCUUGGACAGGAAAUCCCCAGAUUCCUGGUGGGUAAUAAGAGUGACCUCCGCGAGCACAGCAGGACUGAGGAGCAGGUGAGCCAGGAGCGGGCGAUGAGCUUCGCCAAGGCCCACGGCAUGAUGUUUUUUGAGACGUCUGCCAAGAACCCGCUGAUCAAACGUGUGACCGGGCAGCGUGGUGACAGGGAGGUCUCAUACCAGCAGAAUAAGGUGGAAGACAUCGUCGCCGCUGUUGGUGCCAAACUGAAGCGGCAGAAGAGACCUUCAGCAGCCAACGCUCUGGCAUACAGUGGGUCCUUUAAAAUCCUGAGCAAGAGAAGACCAGAGAAAGAGCUGUGGACCUGCUGCUGAGAGAACGAGGGAGAGGCGAGACUGUUGCCCUUUUCCGAUUGAAGAAUGGGACUUUUUAGCUCUUCAUAUGAGUGUGAGUGUGUGAGUGGGUGGGUGGGUGGGUGGGUGUGUGCGUGCGUGCGUGCAUGAGAGAACAUAUUUGGUAAUGUUCAUUUUUGACCAAAGACAACUUUAACAUUUGAAAGACAUCUAAAAAUGUGAGGCGUCCCACUUGGAAAUUUUGUGUACAUUUGUGAUCUUAUUGUUUACAAUAGUUGCAAAAUAAAAAAAACAAUGUGAAUGUAAAUAUGACUU